ACAAUUUCGUUCGGUUGGUAAUAUUUUCGACAGCGUUAAGAUUUCCCGUCAAGUUUUGCGUGUUUUCCGGUUCCGGGUGGAAAGCAGAACUACAAUAACUAGAACUAAGCGAACGAGGUACGUGAUCGAACCGUAAACGUUCUCUUUCGUCCGCGGUUUUUAAGACAUUUAAGUUUAUUCGAUCAUUUAAACGACCGCUUCGAACGAUCGGUCUGCGCUCAGCGUUUAAAGUGCUCAACAACAAAAUCGUCUUCUUCUUCGGCAAAGAACCCUUUCCCGAUUCGAUCGCAGAAGAACAAACGAGAGUGAAUUGAUCGUGCGUGCUCCCGGGUGAAAGUUUCCGGCCAUCUUGCAUCUCAAUCGGACACGGCGGAUCGCGGAUCAACUGUGCGUGCCCGUGGUUGUCUGUUUUGUGCGUUGCGCGGCCAAUUUGUGCUAAACGAACUGGGGUACGUGAUCUCGUAGCGUAAAACACUCGCCCCGGUGCGCGAGUGAGUGUUUGGCGAUCGAAAACAUUCGCACGAAAAUCAACGGGAAAACCGGUUUCGGGAAAAGGUGCCCAAACAGUUCGAUCCACCGAUCGGUGCGCACCACGUCAAUGCACAUUCAUCCGAGCUCGCCCAACUCGUCGCAGUCGGAGGACGACGCGGCCACGAAAAUCCAGGCCGGAUUCCGUGGCUACCGGGUGCGCCAACAGAUGCGUAAGGGCGGAUCGGCUGGAACCAUGGCCAACGGUGGUCCGAUGUCGGGCUCGGCUUCGGGAGCGGCCGUCAGCGGGCGCAACGCGACUGGUGCGGUGGCCGGCAGCUCCGGCACGGUGGAGGACAAAUCGGCCACCAAGAUACAGGCCAACGUGCGGGGUUUUCUGGUGCGCAAGAAGCAGAAAAUGGCGUCCGACGCGGCCACCAAGAUACAGGCCAGCUUCCGUGGCUUCAAGACGCGCAAGGAGCUAAAGUCGAUCAAGAAGGACAAAUAGAGGCGGCCGCACUGGUUCGGUCUCUGCAUCGGGUUGGCACGAUCGGACGAACCGUGAGGCCCAGCGCGCCCCCCUCGAGGGGUCCCACCACCGUCUUCUUCCGGAUGCUGGGGUUGUGAUACGAUCGUUUCUGGGGGACAAUAACACAGACUAACAAAAGAAGUAGCUCGGAAGAAAACAGGGUGUAGGUAGAGGCUGACCUUACGCGCUACGGCACGGGAGCGAGGGAACGAAACCAGAAAGAAGGUCACAUUGGAUGGCUCGCGUGAAGACCUCCACCGAUCGUUCGCCUGGGGUGUCGGGUGUAGCUUUAGAAUUCAAAACAGUUUUUUUUAUAUACUCUACGUUUUUUACUGUCUCACGAACGGGGAAAAGUGCCCCAGGGUGGCGCGCGCCGAUUGUUUAUCUCCGCCCGAAUUGAUCGUUUUCGUUCUUCAGCGCUGGGUUUUCGUAGCUUUAAAAAGAUCCCAAACCCAAGAGCCGCGAUGGUGUUUGUGAACAAAAGCAGUGUUGAAGCCCCCUACUGCUGCUGGUGAUCGGUUUGUUUGUUUUUGUUUUUCGUUCAGCUUAUGGUCUCCCGCGGCCAGCAUCUUUUUUGGUGCCACCGCGGCGCGAAGAAUUAUUCAUGAGACACCACACAACAAACGCGGCGGCUGUUGUUUCCAAAUCACGCUUGCCCGUACAUUGCGUGACCGGAUGCGUUACAGAUGCGUCCGAUCGGAGGGGGCGAUCUUGCUUCAUCUGCUGCCGCCGCCUCCGCCGCUGCCACUGCUGGCGUCAUAAAUCUCCGCAACCGCUUGCCAUUGCACAUUGGCACUAGUUUAAGCAACUUAUUGGGCAAGUCAUACGGGCGGCCGCGGCAAGAACCGGGAAUGUAUUGCAAAGUGCGUUUUAUCUUCGGUUCAUCCCCCGGCCAAUGGAGGCCACUGUAGCUCCAUUUUCCCGCACACAUUUCGGGCGGCCGGGGCCGGAGGAGCGUAGAGGAAGAAAAGUGAAAGCAAUUAUGCCGCCACCCAGCCACCCAGCCGGCCAAACGCACAAACAGUCUUCCACUGAUGGGAACCAGAACACCGAAAUGAUGGUGUUUUUGAAAUGUUUGUAGUACACUCUUCUGUAUAGUGGUAAAGUGGGCAGCUAGGGCCGGUUUAGUGGCCAAACGGCGAUGCUGAAGAAUCUAAACUAGAACUGGUACAAUAAAGAGAGAGAAGGAGAUAGCAAGCCUGUAGCAUGUUGAAAGUAUUUUAGUUGUGCAUUAUUCUUUAUGCUAGUGAUGUAACAAUAUUUUUGUGAGAAAAUAGCGAGUUGCUGUAUUGCGUAUUUACGGGACUGUGUAACUUGUAAAGUAAGAAAAUAAAGUUAUUAUUCCAA